CAAAGUCUAUUGGACAAUUUAAACACUUUCACAAGUUGUGGACUUUAGGACUAAGAGAAUGUUAAUUCAGCUGAUACAUCACAAAACAAUAAAUAAUGUUGAUUAUUAUAACCGUUUUAAUGCUCAAUAUGUGGGCUAUACCAGCAGAUUAUUUAUUUUCACCAAACAUAAAUAUUCUUGAAAAACUGGAAAAGAUGAAGAUCAUGGAAACAAGGAUGGAAUCUACGGAGAAGGAAAUCGAGCGACUAAGAACAGAGAAUACAGCACAAGCUGAGAAACUGAAGGACAUGAACGUUACAAUGAAUGAGAGAAAGAUCGAAAUGGAUGAACUAGUUAAACAAAAUAAAGCACAAGCAAAGGAGCUGGCGAUCCUGCGUGGUACAACAAAUGACGUAAAGACCAAAAUGGAUGAACUAAUUAAACAAAAUGAAGUUUCAAAAGUGGCUUUCUCAGUAUCUCUGUCAUCCACUACCGGACCACACAGUAGUUUACACACCCUGAUGUACAAACACAUCUUCCUCAAUGCUGGAGAGGCCUAUGAUGCAAACACAGGAAUUUUUACAGCACCCAUGAAGGGAGUGUAUGCAUUCAGGGUUUUCUCAAAGGCCUACGGAAGUCAAGGAAAAGGGGUUUCUGCAGGCCUUUUCAAGAACGGACAGCAUGAAAUUUCAACAUAUGCACGGCAAGACGGUGGUUUUAUCGGCUCUUCAAAUGGAGUUUCUCUGCUGCUGGAAAAGGGGGAUGAAGUAUAUGUAAAUCUCUAUCCCGAUUUUUGGCUUUUUGACAAUGAUUACCAUCACAGCACCUUUAGUGGACAUCUGCUUUUCCCCAUGUGAUAAAAACUUGCACAAAGUUCUGUAAUCAUACAAAUGUUCUGUAAUCAUAUUAACAAUGUUCUGUAAUCUGCAAUCAUUCAAAUGUUCAAUGCACAUUAUUUCCCUCCAGUUUGUAAGGUUUCCACAGUGCACAAAACAGGAAUUAGAAAUCCUUGCCUUUUCAUUUGUGUUAUUAAUAUCACCUUUGUCCGAUAUGGGAAUGUUUCAUGUAUCAGGACAUAAAAACAAAAAAAAAAAUUAUCUGGUCCUUGGCAGGUCUUAAAAUUCAGAAAAUAAAACCUCACACUGUGUCAUUAUUUAUUUAACAAAAAUAAAGCAAAUAUGGAAAAGCCGUGUGUGACAAAGUUAGGACACCCUAUGAUUCAAUUGCUAUGAUUCAAUCAUACAUUUUCUGUAUGAUUUUAUCAGUCUCUCACGACGUUCUGGAGGAAUUUCGUCCCACAUUGCUCCAGUUUAUUGAGGUUUGUGGGCAUUAGUUUAUGCACAGCUCUCACCACGGCAUUUCAGUCAGGAUGUGGUCUGGACUAUUGCAACACCUUGAUUCUUUUCUUUUCAGCCAUUCUGUUGUAGAUUUGCUGGUGUGCUUGGGAUCAUUGUUUUUUUUUUUGGAUGACCAGAUGGUAAUACUUUGCUAUACAGAGGAGUUCAUGGUCGACUCAAUGACUGUGAGGUGCCCAGGUCCUGUGGGCAGAGGCCCAUAGAGAUCCACUCAUUUUUGCUGGAAGUGGCUAACUGCUCCUCUCACAACUUUUCUGAUAUAUAUUUUGUAAAUAUAUAUUCAAACAUUAUAAAAUACUUUAAAAACAGUAUUUUUCUCAAAGGUUUGAAUUUGUUUUUGUUGUUUGAUGUAUUUUGAAGUGCCUGCUUUUGCAAUAAUGCCACAUAAAUUUUCAGAACCUUUUUACAGAAAGUUGUUUCUAAAACUUGACUGCAGGCACUUUUCUUUUUUUUAAUCUAAAAAGUCAAAUCAAAACAAUUUUAUUUUAUUUAAAUGUGAAAAAAAGAAAAGAAAAAGAAACACUGCAAUAAGCAGAUAUGAAUGGUGGGUGUAUGUGUGAGAGAGUGUGUGUGUGUGUGUCAUGUGUUAUUGUUCAUCUUGAGUUUUAUUUUCCAAAUUUGAAGACCUGCCAAGGACCAGAAUUUUUUUUUUUAAAUGUCCUGAUACAGAAAACCAUGGAAUUCAAUAGGGUGUCCUAACCUAUGACGGUAUAUACACAAGAUAUUUCACUAAAGCUUUUGGAAAUCAAAACAGGCCUAUUUAGUAAAAGAAUGGAUUCAUUUAGACUACACAUAUCGAUAAGAACUUCUUUUACACUGUAAAAAUUUUUGGUUUGUAUCAAGUUUUUAACAAUGUUACAAGGCCCUAG